AGGUUGAAGUUUGUUUUACUCGCGCGCGUCUCGAGUCUCUCUCUAUCCCUGGGGAUGAUAGGUCUGAGGUGCAGACCAGCACAGCUACUGGUGCUCCUGACGUCCAGACAUGCUCUAGGCUCACUCGAUGCAUCUCCUCGAGCUCCAAAUGUAGUUCUCUCUAGACACCUCCAAACGUCUUGUCCGACUACUGCUGCUGCUGGAGACGAGGGUGAAGUUGAGAGAGCGAGGGAGACAGAUGCAGCCCGCAAACAGAAUCCCUCAACAACACAAGAAGAUACAAUCUUCUCCAAAAUCCUAAGAAAAGAGGUUCCUGCUGAUAUCAUCUACGAAGACGAAAUGGUAUCUAAUGUGCGACCUCUUUUGAACAGAUCCACUCUUUCUUUUAUGUAUCGUUUUGAUGUUUUGUUUGAAACUCAGUGUAUGGCGUUUCACGACGUGUCACCGGUAGCUCCAACUCAUUUCCUGGUCAUCCCUAGAAACCCAAUCCCAAUGCUCUCCGCUUCAACUGACCGUGAUACUCAGCUGUUGGGGCAUUUGCUGGUGGUGGCAAGGAACCUUGCUGAGAAGGAGAAUCUAUCUGAUGGCUACAGAAUUGUAAUCAACAAUGGAAGAGAUGGUGCUCAGUGAGUCUAUCAUCUUCAUAUUCACGUGAUUGGUGGUCGGCAGCUGAGCUGGCCUCCUGGAUAGCUAUGACAACUAUAAAAACUAUUAAACAAUUAUGGUAGUGUUAUGAUAGUUUUUAUGGCACUAUAUUAUAGUAAAUCAUUAACGAUGACCACUUGCACAGUCAAUGAUAGCUACCUAUAUAUAUAGUCAGAUCUACGGUAACACAGUAGCAUGAAAUCAUGGA